ACGGCGCAGCCGCACUGAGGCGGCGAGGAGCGGAGUGACGGUUCUGGGAGUUACUGGUUGCUGAAAGACUGCGGCAGAGCAGGUCGUUUGAAAAGUGUCAUGGCGAGCGGAGAGGGCGACAAUAAAAGCGCCAACAUGUUGGCUGCAGAAACUGCUCAGCUUGAAGAGCAUUUGGAGGGUUGGGGAGAAGUGAUGCUUGCUGCAGAUCGUAUCUUGCGUUGGGAGAAACCCUGGUUUCCUGCUGUAAUGAUGUGUGCCGUGUCAGUGGUGUUUUUACUGAUCUACUGGCUGGAUCCUUCAGUGCUGACUGGUGUUUCAUGUGCUAUUAUGACAAUCUGUUUGGCAGACUACCUUGUUCCAACCAUUGCUUUCAGAAUGUUUGGUUCUAAUAAAUGGACUACAGAGCAGCAGCAGCGAUUCCAUGAAAUUUGCAGUAACCUAGUUAAGACCCAACGUAGGAUUGUGGGCUGGUGGCGGCGCCUUUUUGCUCUCAAAGAGGAAAAACCAAAAAUGUAUUUCAUGACUGUGGUUAGCGUUCUCUCUGUGGUGGCUUGGAUUGGGCAACAGGUUCAUAACCUUUUCCUCACCUACUUGAUUGUGAGUUUCAUACUGUUGCUGCCUGGUCUGAAUCGGCAUCGACUAAUCACGAAAUAUGUGGGAAUGGCCAAGCGGGAAAUUAACAAGCUACUGAAGCAAAAGGAGAAGAAAAAUGAAUAAUGAAGAGUGAAAUUGUCAUAGUUAAAUGUGAUUUAACUACUGAUAAAGGUUGGAGCUUGCAGUCUUUCUAAAUCAAAAAGUAUAUGCUCUGCUAUGAAGUCUGGAUGGGAAGGGUAAGAAAAUGUCUAUAAUAAAUGAGCAUGAUACAAAUUAGGUUUGCUUCUCAUUGUUCAAGUAAGUUAAUUUUUCAAAUCAAGAAUUGCUAUCUAGUUUCAGAAAUCUGUCCUUAAUAUGUUCUGUUUUUGUAGUUUUUUUUAAAACCAUGAUUGCACUGGAAGUUUAAUUAUAAACUGUUAUGUGGAACUAUUGAAUUGUUUGAUAUCAGUGCAAUGGUCUGCAUUGCUGAUUCUUUAGUGCUUGCAUGUAAAUGGAAACCAGUUGUCAACAUAAAGUAUAUCUGAUAUGACCACUAAUUCUGUGUUUUAAUUCAUAUGUAAAUAGGAUUGUCUUUCACUCUGUAUAAAUGUUUUUGUGUAUAUUUGUGGCAAAAGUACAUUUAGUCAUUUUAAAAUUGUAAACUCUUGAAGCUUCACACAAAAUAAAACCCUGACCUGAUGAUUUA